UCUUCCCUUCAUCCACGGUGUUUCCUUGAGUUUGAUCCUCCACCCAUGCUAGGUUAAGCACUCCAGACCUAGACCGCACCCCGAGCGCAUGCCAUCUUGGCAGCCCCCGCGCCUAACUGAAGCAUGUCAGACUCUUGUGCCGCAAAUGAGCGCUAGCACAGCGAAGCCUCGUGGCUAGUGGCUGGCAUGACGUAGCAUAACAGCAAGGCGCAACCUUAUAAAAUGAGCCCACUCCAACGAGUGGUAGAGCACACCAGCUUCCUUACAAUCUUCAGCGCUUCAGCUUCAAUCCCAGGUCGACUUCGAUAUCUACUAUGCUGGGGCUAAUACGGACUUGCUUGUACUGCUUAUUUGCGAUUCUCUCCUUCGUUCUCUUUGCACUCUGCGGUGCACGACUGCAUUACACGACACAUCUGCCAACAGGCGAUCCUCUCAACAACGGACACAAUUUCUACGAUCCUAUUGUUGUUGAGCUAUUGUUCAGCUCUCUGUUGGGGAUGUUCUGGGCUGUCUACGCUGUCCUGACUAUCCACCAUAUGCGGGAGGACCGUUGGAUCUUCACCUUCUUCGCGGAGAUCGUCGUCCUCGGCAGUCUGUUCCUGCUUUACCUCGUUGGAGCAGCAAUCGCGACGUCACUGUGGGGAAACCUCGGAUUCUGCCAUCAGUAUCACGCAUGUCGGCUGCUCACAACGCUCGUUGCAUUCUCGUGGGUGUCAUGGAUCGUUCUGCUGUUCUUGUUAGCUGCGAGUGUCUUCGUCGCGAUCGCCAAUGCGGCCUUCUACAGGCCAUUCCACGGGCGCUGGAACCCCAGAGAGAGCACCUACAGCGACAGAAGGAACAGUCGAGUCUGAAAUCCAGCUGUUCAUCUCGAGCCACUGUCUAGAUUCCGUGUACAUGCACACAUAUUUACAGACAAGAAUGUAGUUUACCAGGAACAUGUUAUCUUAUCACACUGCCACUGUCAAGGCUCAAUCGCCACCUCCGCAAGAACUCUUGUUAGGACCGCAGCCCUAUUUUCGUUCCUUCUCUGCGUGGUUCUCUGAGACCAGGGCAGUAGCUUGCUUUGAGUUCGCCAUCGCACGAGCCAUUUGACGACCGACAACAACGACAAAUUCAGCGACCUCGGCCGCCUUCUCUUCCUCUACCACCACCUUCGAUUUCCGCAUCUACUCUUUAAGCCGACCGCCAAGCGCAUGACGAUGGAAUCCCACGACUCGUUCAUGGGCGAAGCAAUGAAGAUGGUACCGAACGCUGCACCACGCGUGGGGGAUCUAAUCCUUGCGUUCUGGACAGGCAGAAGAAGCAUUCACGGCUGGGGAAGUACCGGUCGGGUGCGUGUUUGUGCGCGAGAACGUUAUCAUCGCACGGGCCCGGAAUAGAACGAACCAGCUUCGAAACGUGGGUCGAUGAUGUGCGACCCCGCAAAUAUGUGUUCAAUAUCAGCAUUUCUCACCAGGCUACUCGGCAUGCCGAAUUGGAAGCCAUCGACGAGAUUCUUGCUGAUCCGGAACUCACACCUGCCGCUUCGACUCGGCCUGCCCAGUAUCCGUUGUCGGAGACAGUCUUGUAUGUGACCGUGGAGCCGUGUAUUAUGUGCGCAUCUGCGUUGCGGCAGCUAGGGAUCAAGGAAGUUUUCUACGGAUGUGCGAACGACCGGUUCGGCGGUUGUGAAGGAGUCAUCAGCGUCAAUGACAAGUGCGGGCGCCCUCUUUGUCUGAUGACGUCUCGAGAGAAGCGCGAGCUGACCGCGCCCAAGGAUCGAACACCCGACGCAUCCUUCGUACCAGGCGCACGGCGGAUAUCGAAGGGAGGAAGCCAUUCUUAUUCUGCGCCGGUUCUACAUUACGGAAAACAUCAAUGGUGCGUGAUAAGCUCCUCAACCAACUACAGAACACCUUCCAAUGCUCGUCCCGUGUUAGCACCCGCUCCAAAGUCCAAGGC